AUGACAGGGUGUGAAAGGAAAAGCCGAUACGCGAUCCAGCUCUCGAAGAACGAAGAGAAGCCACGAGCGGCUUUCACAACAAUUGCUGAUCAACGGGGCCCGGUGGUCGGCGACGGGAGCGAUGGUGGAGCGCAAACUGGAUGUGUCGAGAAGGGUCACCCACGGGCUCGAAGGCGGACGCGUGGGCAGAGCAGAAAAGGGAUGGAAAAAGGUUCACACAACUAUCCAGGCGCGCAACAUGAACGAAGAUGGGCCCGGGAAGGGACUCGCGGUGUUUGCGAGAGCGUUCAGGCACCAGCCACAGGGGGCACUUCGCAGGCGCAGCCGCCCAGGUGUGGCGCACCAUUGCUUAGUCACCAUGCACGUGCCACCAUCGUCAAGGUGGAUGAAGGGCAGUUCGCCCUCGAUGCCCACGCCGAUUUCUGA